UUCGUUCCAGCAUCAGUCAUCUACCAGCAAUCGUCUGAUAAGCUCCGACUCAAGUCCUCUGGAAUUGCAACUUCCACACGCCUCCACCGCCAUCAUGAAGACCUUCGUCGCCAUUGCCGUUGUUGCCCUGAUCGCUGGCACUUUCGCCCUCACGAUUGACCAGAAAAAGAAGGCCGAAGGAUACGCGGCCGAGUGCGUCAAGACGACCGGUGUCCCGCCGGAGACGGCGGCCAAGCUGAAGGGGGGCGAUUUUGCCGGCGCUGACGACAAGACCAAGUGCUUCGCCAAGUGCUUCCUCGAGAAGGCCGGCUUCAUGACGGACAAGGGCGAAAUUGAUGAGAAGACCGUCAUCGAGAAGCUGUCGGUUGACCACGACCGGGCAAAGGUGGAGGGUCUGGUGAAGAAGUGCAACCACAAGGAGGCCAACCCGUGCGAGACGGCCUUCAAGGCGUACCAGUGCAUCUACGCCGCUAAGGGUGCUGUCGUCUAUGAGUCGUGUCGCGACGAACGGGCCACCCUCACCGGUGUGCACCGAACAAAUUCAUUUGUUUUUGGUAUUGUUUACUGCCUGUCAUACCGACAGUUCGCUCAAAGCUCAAUUGGACUGGAAAUUCUGCGAUAUAAUUUGAUAAACUACACAGAUAACAUCCAACAUCCAUCUCAACCACAAAGUAAACUUUUUCCCACCACUUCAACCCCUAGAAUGAAGUUCUUAGUGUUUGCCAUUGUGUUAAGUGCGAUUUGCUUGGAUGCACUGGUCGAUGGAGCAGCAGCACCUCCACCGGAUCUGGAAGAUGUGAGCAAAAUUGCCAACGGCGAAGCAUUUGCGCUGGAAUGCUUGAUCGAGAGUGGACUCAAGCUGGACUCGCUGGCUGCCCUCUCGGCAAAGGAGCUGGACACGAAUGGCAGCAAGAUUAAGUGCUUGGUGAAAUGUUUCUUCGAGAAAACGGGCUUCAUGAACAAGGACGGCCAGCUGCAGGAGGAAACCAUCACCGAGCAGCUGUCCAAGUUUAUGCCCCGCGAGCGCAUUGAAUCGCUCGUCAAAAACUGCAACUUUCAGGAGGCGGACGCUUGCGAGACGGCAUACAAAGUGACCGAGUGCUACUUCCAGAACAAAGCCGGACUGUUUUAA